AUGAGCAGGGCAGAAGUUGACUUGCAAAUUAGUGUCAAGAAAGCGUGCAACUCCGAAGAGGUGCCUCCGAAAAGGAAGCAUGUUCGAGCAUGUAUCGUCUAUACAUGGGAUCACAAAAAUUCCCGUGCCUUUUGGAAUGCUGUCAAAAUCCAACCAUUGCAGAGCAGCGAAGUUCAGUUGUUCAAGGCUCUCAUCAUGAUUCAUAAAAUUUUGCAAGAAGGCCAUCCUAAUACAUUAAAAGAUGCGUAUAGGAACAAGGACUUUUUGUAUUCUUUGUCCACGGUCUUCUCAAGUUCAUCAAGCUAUGGUCGCUUGAUAAACCAUUACGAUCGCUUCUUGAUGCGGAAGCUUGACUUCCACCGAAAUAACCAGGGAUUCAAUGGUAUAUUUGAAUAUGAAGAAUAUAUCUCGUUGAGGACGGUCAAUGAUCCAAACGAAGGAUAUGAAUCUAUCUUACAAUUGAUGGAUCUUCAGGAUCUCAUUAAUGAUCUCCAAAAGCUAAUCUUCUCGACCAUCCAACAAACGCCAAAUAAUUUGUGUAAGACUUCGGCUCUUGUUCCCCUUAUCUCGGAGUCUUACGGAAUAUAUAAGUUCUUGACUUCCAUGUUGCGUGCAAUGUACCAACAAUUAGGUGAUGACGAACUUUUGACAGCGUUGUUUGAUAGAUUCAAUUCGCAACAUUUCUAUCUUCGUGAGUUUUACGCUGACUGCCAAGCUAUCAAGUUUCUUACAAGUUUGAUAACGAUCCCUAGAAUACCAGCUUCGCCUCCAAAUUUGAAGCACUCCGAUGAUAGUCAAUCACGAACUUCAGCAAUAGCCUCUCAGGAGUCAUCUUCUGCCUUGUCUGCACAGCAAACCUCUGCUUUUGAACAGCCCCUAGUCCCUCCAGCGGCAGAUGAUAUGAGCCAAGCGAAGUUGAUGGAACAACAGCAGCAGCAACAACAAUUUUUGCAGCAGCAGGAGCAAGAGCUUGAAAUACAGCGCCAGCGUCAGUUACAAGAACAACUCCAAAGACGACGCGAGUUUGAACAACAGAAACUUGCGCAAGAAGAAAAUAAUCUUAGAGAGCAGGAAAUGUUAAGGCUUCAGCAAACCAGUGCCCAAAACUCGAGGGUAUCUGAAUUAGAGAAUGAUCUUGUGAUCUUCAAAAACCAGUUUGAUAAUGAUCAAGCUUUGCUUCACCAAUACGACUCUAGGGUUAAGUCUUUGGAAACCGAACUUCAAAGUAUCAACCAGACGGCAUCGGAGCAGUUAGCAUCAAAGGAUGAGCAAAUCAACAAUAUCGAAGAGCAAGUCACUAAUUGGGCUAAGAAAUACGAGGCUUUGGCUAAGUUGUAUUCUCAAUUGAGGUCGGAGCACCUAAACUUACUUGCAAAAUUUAAGAAAAUUCAGCAGAAGAUCAAUAGCGCCCAGGAAUCAAUUGCGAAGAAGGAAAAGUUUGAAAAGGAGUUGAAGCAGAAGAAUUUAGAACUUGCGGACUUAAUUAGGGAACGGGACCGGGCAAGAUUGGAUCUUGAUAGGCUAAGAGUGUCAAAGGACCAAGAGAUCGACAAAUUGCACACUCAACUGCGUGAAAUGACCUCGAGAUUUGCGGACACUGACGAAGUAUCCUCCCAGAAAUUACAAGCCAUUAAAGACCAAUACGAAGCGGACUUAAGUGCCAUGAACGUACUCCUCAAGGAACGAGACACGCAGUUGGUCCAAUUAGGGGAGGUAUCGUCACUUAAAGAGAAACUUAAGGAAAAGGAAGUCGAUCUUGAAAUUGCUCAAGAAUCACUCGAUAGUGCAUUAAAGGAACUUUCGCUUACGUCGAGCGACCCGAGACUGGAGCACUUAUGGAACCUUUUGAACAUUAUUUUGGCCAACAAUGUACGCAGGGUACAAGAUACGAAGUAUGAGCUAACUUCACCAAUGCAAACAGGCAAUGUGAACUCUACUCCUAACUUUGUCUUAUCUGUCUUAGACCUUUGUUCAGACACUGCUACUGACUUUGCUCUGGUUUUUAACAAUUUUCUCGCUGAGGGCCCACAGCUUAGUGAAAACGAACAACUGUCAUUUACCGGAGUCAUAUUAGCGAGUUCAGAAUUGGCCUCAUCGCUUAAUGAUUUGAUGUUAAACAUUAAAGGUCUCUCCAAGACGAUUCCACCUUCUGAUGAACAGAGGAUCAUCGAACACUUAGAAGAGCUUCUUUCAAGGGCAGAAGACUACUAUCUGAGCCUCACAUCAGACUCCCUCGACGCCCUCGAGGAUGACUAUGAGAAGAUUGACCUUGUAGUUGAUUCGAACGUCCAAUUCCAAAGUACUUUGAAGGAUUUGUCUAAUGCUAUUGAAGAGAUCCAGCCAAGGCAUAAUCUUUCCAAUAAGCGAAAGAAUCUUGAAGAUGUUGUGGAAGAAGAAAUGGAAGAGGCUGUGAAACAAAUUGAUGCAGCCAUGCAGUUUCUUGACAAGCUUCAAUCACAGAAGACUGAGGGGGCCGACAUGCAAGUGCAUCAGGCAAUCGUCAACGCAGCGAUGGGAGUAACCCAAGCAGUUACUAUCCUAAUCAAAGCAUCGAUUGAUUCCCAGCGAGAAAUUGUUGCCAAGAAUAAAGGUACGCUGACAGUUCGUGAAUUUUACAAGAAGAACAAUCGGUGGACAGAAGGCCUUGUCAGUGCUGCUAAAGCUAUUGCUGGAGCGACAAACAUAUUAAUCGAGACAGCGGAUGGUGUACUUCGGUCCAAACAUUCCCAUGAGGAGUUAAUUGUUGCAUGCAAUGAGGUUGCAGCUUCGACAGCACAACUUGUCGCAGCUUCGCGAGUCAAAGCUAACACUUUUUCCUCGACUCAAGAGAGGUUAGAGACUUCUUCGACAAAGGUGAACCUGGCUUGUAAGUAUCUCGUUGGUAAGGUCCAAGGACUUUUAUCCAAUUCCUCAAAAUCCGAGCCGGAUAUUGACUUAAGUACCUUAACACCAUAUGAGGGCAAAACGCUUGAGAUGGAGCAACAAGUUCAAAUCCUCAAACUUGAGAAUUCCUUACAGUCAGCUAGAAAGAGGCUUGCGGAAAUAAGAAAGUUUGGAUAUAGAGAUGACGAAUCCGACUAA